UAGCCAAUACCCAGACACCAAAUUUUGGCGCGAAACUUUCUGCAGUUAGCAGCCUGUAUUCGAUCAGACCAGAGUUUUCAAUUCCCCGCGAAACCAAACUGAUUUUGAAAAGUACAGAAACGAAGAAUCGGAAAUGGAUGCGUUUGGCGGAUAUUUCACGGACGUGAAAGCAGAGAGAGUAGAGAACAUCUUCCUCGAGUUCCUCAAGAGCUAUAGAUUUGAUGUGAAAAAUAGUAUGGGAGAAGAUUCAUACGAGGCACAAAUUGAGACAAUGAAAGUGAAUGAAUCGACUACUAUGUUCAUCGAUUUCUCUCACGUUAUGCGUUUUAAUGAUCUUCUCCAGAAAGCAAUUGCCGAUGAGUAUUUGAGGUUUGAGCCGUACUUGAAGAACGCGUGCAAGAGGUUUGUGAUGGAGAUGAAUCCUACAUUCAUAUCUGAUGAUAACCCUAAUAAGGACAUAAAUGUGGCUUUCUAUAAUAUCCCUUUCUCUAAGAGGUUGAGAGAGCUGACUACAGCAGAAAUUGGGAAACUAGUAUCUGUAACAGGAGUUGUGACUCGCACCAGUGAAGUAAGGCCAGAGCUUCUACAAGGAACUUUCAGGUGCUUGGAUUGUGGUGGUGUCAUCAAGAAUGUUGAACAGCAAUUCAAAUAUACUGAGCCAACGAUUUGUGUGAAUGCCACGUGCAAUAACAGAAUGAAGUGGGCAUUGCUUAGACAGGAGAGCAAAUUUGCGGAUUGGCAGAGGGUCAGGAUGCAGGAAACUUCCAAAGAAAUCCCUGCUGGCUCUCUUCCUAGAUCUUUGGAUGUUAUACUUCGUCAUGAUAUUGUGGAACAAGCUAGAGCUGGUGAUACGGUCAUUUUCACAGGUACUGUGGUUGUAAUACCAGACAUAAUGGCUUUGGCAUCACCAGGAGAGAGAGCAGAAUGUCGUCGAGAGGCUCCUCAGCGCAAUAAUUCAACUGUUGGACAAGAAGGUGUGAGGGGUUUGCGAGCUUUGGGAGUGAGAGACCUCUCCUACCGCCUUGCAUUUAUUGCCAAUUCAGUGCAGAUUUGUGAUGGUAGAAGGGAUGCGGACAUCAGGAAUAGAAAGAAGGAUGUUGAUGAAGAUGACAAUCAGCAGUUCACAAAAGAGGAGGAAGAUGAAAUUCAAAGAAUGAGAAACACUCCUGAUUUCUUUAACAAGCUGGUUGAUAGCAUAUCUCCAGCUGUUUUUGGUCAUCAAGACAUCAAGCGAGCAAUCCUUCUUAUGCUCUUGGGUGGUGUCCACAAGUUCACUCAUGAGGGCAUUAACCUUAGAGGUGACAUCAAUGUUUGUAUAGUUGGAGAUCCAAGCUGUGCAAAGUCUCAGUUUCUCAAGUACACUUCAGGCAUAGUCCCCAGAUCUGUCUAUACAUCUGGCAAGUCCUCAUCUGCUGCUGGGUUAACUGCAACAGUUGCCAAAGAACCGGAAACUGGGGAAUUUUGUAUUGAGGCUGGUGCUCUGAUGCUCGCUGACAAUGGCGUUUGUUGCAUCGAUGAAUUUGAUAAGAUGGACAUCAAAGACCAGGUUGCAAUUCAUGAAGCCAUGGAACAGCAGACAAUAAGCAUCACAAAAGCAGGGAUACAAGCAACACUAAAUGCUCGAACAUCAAUAUUAGCUGCAGCUAACCCUGCUGGAGGACGCUAUGAUAAGUCUAAACCACUUAAGUACAAUGUUGCUCUUCCUCCUGCAAUUCUUUCAAGGUUUGAUCUAGUAUAUGUGAUGAUUGAUGACCCGGAUGAUCAAGUUGAUUACCACAUUGCUCAUCACAUUGUAAGAGUUCAUCAGAAGCGUGAAGAAGCACUUGCUCCUGCAUUCACAACUGCUCAACUCAAGCGUUAUAUUGCCUAUGCAAAAACUUUGAAACCAAAGCUUAAUUCUGAAGCGAGAAAACUGUUAGUGGACUCCUAUGUGGCUCUACGGAAAGGUGAUACAACUCCAGGUAGUAGAGUUGCUUAUCGCAUGACAGUUAGACAGCUAGAGGCAUUGAUCAGACUUUCUGAAGCCAUUGCCAGAAGUCAUUUGGAAAAUCAGGUACAACCACGCCAUGUUCGAUUAGCUGUGAGAUUACUGAAAACAUCUAUAAUCAGUGUCGAGUCUAGUGAAAUUGAUCUAUCGGAAUUUCAAGAUGGAAACCGUGAUGAUAUUGAUGGUAGUGAUGGUGGUAAUGAUGGAAAUGAUGGUGCUGGUCAAGGUGAUGCUCAACAAAACAACGCUGAAUCUGGACCAACUUCUGGAAAUACAGAAGGUGGAGUGGGUUCUGCAAGCCAACAGGGGAAGAAACUUGUGAUAAGUGAGGAAUACUUUCAGAGAGUUACACAAGCACUGGUCAUGCGCCUUAGACAGCAUGAAGAAUCCGUAACGCGAGACGGGACUGGGUUGGCCGGAAUGAAACAAGGAGAGUUGAUCAGAUGGUAUAUAGAACAGCAGAACCAGAAAAAUAGCUACAGUUCUGUAGAGGAAGCAAAGAAUGAAGCUACUAAGGUUAAAGCUAUUAUAGAGAGUUUGAUUAGAAGGGAAGGCUACUUGAUAGUGGUAGACGAUGGCAGGCAGCCAGAUGCAGAAGGGGAAGGUGCAAGGCAGUCAGUAUCUAGAGAUAACAGGAUAUUAGCAGUGGCUCCAAACUAUGUUGUGGAAUGAUCUGAUCUUGGAAAUCACAGAUCUUUUCUGAGCUUUGCACUGAACUGUAUUUAAUUUCUCCAUGGUAUCUGCUGCUGGUAUGUUUGCAGGUAAUGUUAUCGGAGGAGUUGAAGGCUUGACAUCAUAGCAGUCUAAUGUACACUAUUAAAUUUUCAAUUGUAGAAUCCAGAAAAGGUUUUCAGGAUAGGUCAUUACGGUAAAGAGUUAAAAAAUUUCUCUCGAUUGUAGUUUUCUUUUUUACUUUCCAUUUUUCCCUUUUUGGAUGUUCAAAAUCUUUCAAAGGGCGAAAGCCCUCAAAUAUAGGCCUCAGCAUUCUAUAUUCUA